UCGUCAUCGUCAUCCUAUAGACGUUCAAGGCCAUCACCAAGACACGGAGGGUGGGGAUCGUGGAGUUCGUGGUACUCUGCCUAUUGUUCUGGUGGUCACAAAACCGUGCGACGAUACUGCAACAAUCCUUCUCCUGCCUAUGGCGGCAGCGACUGCUACGGAUCAAGCACAAAAUCAAGAGACUGCAAUGAAUGUAACAAUUAUAACGGAGGAUGCGCACAUAGUUGCAUUAACACUUUUGGCAGUUACAGAUGUACAUGCAAUUCUGGAUAUAGGCGUAAUGUUUACAACUCGAAAAAGUGCGUCUGUAAGUAUUUGUUUUUUGUUCAACACUUACAGAAUCAGUAAUAACGCCUGCAGUUGCGAAAAGUAAGCCUCUUCAUUCCGCGGUCCCAGUAUAUCAGGGGCACCCAACGGCAAUUUUCGGGAAAAUAUCUGUUCGGAAGACGAUUUGAGAACUAGAAUUUUCGGAACAUUUGUUGUAAAAUUUCUUGCUUGCUUGCCUCUCCUAGGAUUUUCGAACAUCUACAAAAUGGUGUAAUUACCCAAUUUAAACGGACAUUUACCCUAAAAAAGGCUACCUAGAAUUUUCGGGAGCCUUUUCCUGGCUGAAAUUUUCGAGAAGGUAAGUUUUGAUCCCUAUAAUUUUCGGAUCACUAGACUUUCAGCUAGGAAAUCCGAACAGAUGAAAAGUUUUUAGGGGAUAAAAAUAUGCCUAUAUCUACCGUUUAAAUACUAAAAUACGUUCAACAAUGCUAUGUUAAGUGGUUUUGAAUUAUAUCCUCGUUGGGUGCCCCUGGUAUAUGAAAGUCAUAUAUUCAUCAUUUAAAGUGCUAGUGACGUGAAUGGCAUAAAUGUCCUUUUAGAAUUCAGAAAGGUUUUUCAACCAUAGAAAAUCACUUUUAAAAAAUAAAAACGCAUUAUAAUCAUCAAGGAAUGUUUCAGAUCGGAGCUCAAAGUGUGCUUCCUAAUUAUAUGCGUCAAUUUCGCGAUUUUUGAGCCUGUUAAGUUCUCAGCGGUGGACAACACUGUCUUGUAACGUCACAUGAUUGACAACAAAAUAGGAUCAAUAUAUAUGAUUCAUGAUUAAAUUCAUAAGCAGUCUAGAGUCUUCCUAGAAAAAUAAACAAGUGUAUUCCACAAUGGACGGCGUUCGUCUGUGCCGUUUGUUGUUUUCCGCCUUCAUUCGUCUUAGCAAAUAAGUUGAAUGGCACUCUUCUUGUCUAUAUUUUUUGUUUUGUUUUUAAGCGGACGGCAGUUAAUUUGAAGGGUGCCUCCAUGCCCGGGGGGGGCACUUGGGUAUUUUUUGGGUGGGUAUGUGCCGCCCGGGACUCCAAAUUGGCACCCCGUUCUAGGAAAAAUUUCCCCCAAAAUUGAUACCCCGUUAUAGAAAUGGGCCAAUUUUUUAUACCCCGUUCUAGAAUUCGCCCUAAAACUGAUACCCCGUUCUAGAAAUGGGCCAAUUUUUUAUACUCCGUUCGAGGGUGCAACAAGAGUACAACGGUUUGCUUGUCAACGCAUUGAACCGUAUUUUUAAAAGCAAUCUGUCCCUGAAUACUUUCAAAUGGCUGCUUACAAAAGUGGAGCUUUCGUGCGUUCGAAAUAUUAUACCCCGUUCUAGAAAACGCCUCUGAAAUGGAUACCCCGUUCUAAAUCAGGAGCUUCAAAAUCACGACCCCUUUGGGCGGCACAUACCCGUAUAGGUAAUGUAUGGGAGUACCCCCCCCCGGGCCUCCAUGUGUGCAAAGUCACGCUUAGCUCAAACCCGAACGGAAGACAUGGUAGUAAUGACGUGAUUCUUAUGAUUCUAUAAUGAAACUACAAAAAACAAUGUUUAUCUUCACAGCAAUCACAUGCGCCACAAGCAAUUGGCCGCCUCCUAGCCAAGGAAAGUUAUCACCUCAGUGUAGCAACCAAUCACACGUGAAUUAUGGGAAGACUUGCACAGUUACAUGCGACCGUGGUUAUAAAAUUGAUGGUAGUUCCUCAUCUCGUUGUACAAGUGAUGGCAGCUGGUACCCAAGAAAAUCUCCGAACUGCCGAGGUAAAAAAAAAACACUCAGUCCUUAGCAAGAUCUUUGGAUUAAUUUCUUAAUUUAAUUUAAACGGAAGUUCGCCCCCCCAAAAAACAGAAAAGAAUCUACAAUCUGGCAAUCUUAACCGACCCUAAUUGACCAAACAAUAAAGCAAGUAAAGGAAGAAAGGAGUUGAUAUUUUUAAUAUUAAAAAACUGAGAAAAGUUGUCGACCAGUUUAUGAUUUUAAGGUCUUUAUUUCUCUUGUCCUUUCAGUAAAAGAGUGCAAACCAGUUUAUCCACCCAAGAAUGGUGACAUAAUUCCGAGUAUUUGCAAAACAAAGCCUUUACAUGGUCAAAGAUGUUUUUACAAAUGCGGCAAAGGGUACAAAAUGCUUGGACCUUUUUCCACAAUGUGUGACAAUGGAAAUUGGACACAAGGUGGCUUUACCUGUAGAGGUAAAUAUAGGAUUUGUUGCAUUGCUAGCAAAUGUGCAAUAUAGUUAUUGUUACCUUUAAUUUCAAGUAGAAUAAUUAACACGACUCUAAUUAAAUCAAGGUGAAUGAAGCCCUUAAGACUUAUUCGAUCCCUCUUUUGUCGCGGAUUUGUUAUUUCUACAUUUUUGUUAUUUCUAUAUAAUAAUAAUAAUAAUAAUAAUAAUAAUAAUAAUAAUAACUUAAUCCUGGCCAUUUACUUACUUUCUUAUGUGCACUGUGCCAAUGAAUUACAUGCCGGCUAAGUCAGAUUGGUCUAUAUUCAAUGUUAAAACUAGUUAAUUUCGCGGCAUGCGCUUAUUUAAGGAUUAAAAACUUCUGAUGGUUAAAACCUAUCCCUGUUUUUAUUCUACAGACGUCGAACCACCUAGAUUCUUAAACUGUCCAUCAAGGCAAACCGUCUAUGCCCAGAAAGGUAAAACCACAGUGACAGUGUCCUGGGCACUAGUGAAAGCGACAGACAAUGACAUGUUUCCUAUCACCCCGCAACCGCGACCCAAUGUUAAGUCUACUCACGAGUUCGCUGAGGGAAGUCACACUGUUAUAUACACUGCCAUGGACCAGUCACGGAAUAAGGCGUUCUGCUAUUUCAGGGUCAACGUUCGAGGUAAGAAAUGUUGCAAUAUUAUUUCUAGGAAACUAUGUAACAAUGUCAUUUACCACUGAAAAUGUACAUACUUUCCAGUUGAGCCGCUCAGUAAACCAUAAUUUUGCAGACACAAACUUUGCUCCCUGGAGCCAAGAAAAGCUAAAAAAUGUCGCAUAAAAAAGUUAAAAACAAACAAACAGAGCGAACAAAAAAUUCUGUGCUUUCUGACGCAAAUUUCACCCAGUUUGUUUUCGCGUAAUCUCUAUUUUCUAUUUUCUGUUUCUAAAAUGAGUAACGUGGCAGUAAUUCACUGAUGAUGCUAAUAACGCAUAACGCCCCUUAAUAAUUAAACCAGGCUACUUUUGGUCCCUUUACUGCAUGAAAAAAUCAGUAGCAGUAGGAAAAACAGGGGAAAGAAGUGCUUUGAACAUAGCCUGUGUACAGACGCCCCUUCCCUCGAAACAAAUUCAAGCCGGGAAGGGAACGUCUGUGUACAGGUUACUUUGAACACAUAGGAUAGUAAAGCUUGGUUUUCCUUAAAAAGCCUUGCAUCUAAGGCUUUUAGGUUAAAAAAAAUUCAUUUGUUAAUAGCGGAGCCCCACGUGCGCGUUCGCUCGCAUAAGCGGAGCUCCAUACCCCAGAAAUAUUGGUAAUCACGUGACUGUACGUCCACCCGACCGUCCGCACCACAGGGAAACCAACGGUAAAUGUCAAACUUUCUAGCUAGUGUGGGAGCCUGCAACCUGAAUUACACAUCUAUGUUGUGGUCAGUUUUUUGAAGUUCUCCACUGACACGUUACUUGCUUUCGAUUGAUCGCAGGCUUACCUUCAAGUGGAUGUUUAUUUAUUUACGGAAGCUGAGUCUAAAUAUAAGGAUUCAAGUCGAAAAUAAGUUUUCUUUUUCAGUUCUGCGAUGCCCUUUGUUAGCGCCACCUGCAAAUGGAUAUUUUGUGACUGGCAGAUGUACAAAUGUGUAUGGAGGCCUUUGCCGCUGGCAGUGUUAUAAAGGAUACAAACAGAAAGGAUCGGGAGUUAAAUACUGUGAAAAGAUUCCUGGCAGAAAUCUAGUUCGCUGGUCAGGAGGUCUUGCUUUGUGUGAGGGUAAGAUAUCGUCACUGUCAGAAAACUUGGAAAACCGUGAGCAACUAAAAUAAUUCAGAAAUGUUUAUUGUGCAUUGAACAAUCAUAAUUAAGUUCAGAUCACGAAGCAAAUGACCUUUUUGAAAACACAAACUAGUUGAGGUAACCGUUGCUGUUUGCGGUUUAGUUUUCUCACGUAUGAUUAGCUUUUUUCUUGCAACACAAUAACACUCUAUAUUUUUGGUUGUUUACUGUUCUUAUAUAACUUUAAUUUCACGUUCAAAACAGCCCUUACAAUCGAAAAAAUCUGUCAAAUAUUUCUAUUCUAAGAUAUAUGUUUGUUACUAUUUUUUAGUGGUUUUUUCCUUCCCCUUUAAUUUAAUUCUUCUUUUUUGGGCGCAGCGAGGCCGAGAGGUCGGAGCUCAGACCAGUUGCUGGAUUUGUUUCUCAGCCGUCCCUGAUUCAAGCUAAGUGCACUUGCACUAUAAAGCAAACCCUAACCUUUACCUUAUUCUACGUUGGAUAUCUUCUCUCUGUCCUGAGUAUUAGACAGGGGACCGUUGUUGGUACUUUAUCCAAGUCACAUGACGAAAUCUAGCGCAACACAAAUUAAGGUAAUACAUAUGUCUUUGUGUUAUGUCAUAGCUGUGAAGUGCCCACCACUCCAUACACCAGUUAACUCAUAUUCAAGGUUUGGUGUAAGGUGUAAUAGGCGUAGUUACAGCACCUCCUGCUCCUUCAGCUGCAAACGGGGAUACCAAAUGGCGGGCGGAUCGAAAGAAAGAACUUGUCAGGAAAAUCAGAAGUGGUCUGGUACAGAUCUUCAAUGUCAAGGUAUUAUUUAGUGAUAGAGAUGUUGCGUCCGCGCCUUUUCGGAUCGCAUUCCUGAAUUGACCAGUGUUAAACUUGGAAGCGGGUGCCGGUUGGGACGAAAGUUUUGUUCUUCAUUCCAGGCCACAAGUCAUUCUUUGGUGACUAAUAAAAUAUUGCCUAGUCCCUAGGCCUCAUUAUUAUGCGAGGCCGAUGCGUUUCGGGUCACGUGGUCCGAGAAAGUUUUUGAGGCCUAGACAAACUCGAAGAAGUGAGACAUUUUUGUCUCACUUGGGGCGGAGCUUUUGGAAGCGGGCGAGCUGUCAAUAACCUUUCCGCGCUGAUGAAAGAUGCCCAACAGCGAUGGAGAGUACAGAGGAACGACCAUUUUUAUUCUAUGCACGUUUUCAUUGUUGAAAGUCGUUUGGCCUUUCUUUUUCAUUUAUCUCAUUAAACUAAUUUGAACUUUAUUUCAUCUCAAAAACUAUUUGUAGGCUAAGCAAAACAGCGUCGCAAAAAAAUUAUUUGAUCAAGAAUCGGAAGGUAAGCUAAAGAAAUAAGUUUAUAUCUAUUCUUGGAUAUGACAAGCUAUUUUUCGUUUCUCUAUUUUCGCUUGCUGCUAUAAAUUUCUCGUUAUCAUUUCACUUCGAAAUACUUCAUGUAAUUUGGAAGCUUAUCAAACUAAUCGGACAGGCUGUUGAAUUUGGUCUCUAAAUUUGGUAGAAUGUCAACAAACUGCUGUUUCAAAUCUUUUUGUCAAUAAAGACUAUCAUUUUAAUUGUUCAUUUGAAGGUGGACUAAAAGAGAAAUUACUUGCACGUUAUACAGUAGUAUUCUUUCCGAUUCAAAGUAAUAUUUUUGUUCUUUUAUAACACGAACUAGGUUAGUUACUUUUGUAAUAGUGUCAAUAGUGCCGAUCUUUAGUGAAGGAUAUUCUCGAGCAAAGUUAUUUACAGUUUAUUUCAGUUGACCGUGUGAACUUUUCAAAAAUGCUCACGCAUGCGCACUCCGAGAUUGUCUAGGCGUCUCCCGGCCGUUCGUCUCGGAUACGUCACCGAAAUGCAUUGACCGAGAGGGCCUGAAAAGACGCCGUACAGGGACUAGGCAAAAUAAAAUAUACACUUCUAGUUCUCUACCUAUUUUUACUUAUCAUCUAUUGACGAGUUCAACGGUCAAGGCUACGCAGUAACAAUGAAACUUAAGGUACAUGCACACGGCCACUUUCAUAGGGUACAAAAACUAUGUUACAUUUUAAAAUAACGUUCUGGUAACUGAUCAUGAGUAGCUAUCAGUUACCCAAACGCAUUUCGGUUAAAGCGGCAGAUAUACCUUUGCUUUUUGCUUUGCUCGCCGUACCACGUUCUGAACCCACAACAGGUUAGCCUAAAAGCUUUUGAGAGUAUUUUGAUAUUUUAGCCAUCGUUUUUACUGUUUUUUCAAAGUAUCAAAUCAUCCACGCUUACUAAUCGAAGCUUUCUAUCUUACCCUCUUGCGGUUGACCUAUAGCUGUGACGUGUCCUAUCAUCGCUAUAAAAUCAGAGGGACUUGUAAUCAGCCCACCUAUUUGCACCAAACCAAGCGCUACCCUUAAAUACGGAACAAAGUGCCGAUUCACCUGCAAGAAUGGUUACCAACUCCAGGGACCCGAAGUUAAGACUUGUAAUCACCGGUAUAUAUACUGGCACUGGUAUACUGCUAUAAGCCAUAACCAGAACAGCAAGAGCGGGUACUGGUCUCCAUCGAGAAAUCCAUCGUGUAAAGGUGUGUUUUACACAGUUUGUGAAAAUGCUACGUAUUAAAGAUAGUGUAAUUGACGUCUUGGUCCGGCAGUAUUAAAGCACACAUAAAUAUUAUAAUUAUGUUUUCCGUAGAAUAGCUUAGCUAUCAAGACAAUAAGAUCAACCGUUUCUUGAGGCAGGCAUUUCCGGGGGGGGGGGUACUGCCACAUAUGGGCUAUAUAGGUAUGUGCAUGUUUGGGGAGUUUACUCUAGUAUAGGGUAGCAAAAUUCAGCUGAACUAGCUCUGGUAUAGGUUAAGGGUUCCAGGGUCCCAGCGGCACAUCCCCACCCAGAAAUUCCUAGAGUAACCCCCCGGGAGGCAUUCACUUUGGUAGCUUAAUAAGAGUUUGUUCUUGGUUUUUAACACUUAUGCCCUUUCCACAAGAUUGUGUUUUUUGUCGGGUGCUACCCUCAAGUAAUUAGUUGAUGUAUUGAAAAUCCUUAUGUGGAUAAGAAUUCUAUUAAAGAAAUCAUUCACUUUCUUGUUUAUUUAAUCUUAUAUUUUAAGACGUCUCAAAGCCGACCUUCAUCAACUGUCCUUCUGAUAUCAUUGCAACCGCUGACCGGAGCAGGACCUCGACAACAGUCACGUGGACACCUCCAACGGCUACCGACAAUUCUGGCGCCAUUUCGAAAAUAACUCGCCCCGGAAAACAGCCUGGCCAGAAAUUUCCAGCUGGUGAACACAGUAUCCGUUACCUGGCCUCUGAUAACACAGGAAACGUUGGCGAAUGCAGUUUUAAGAUAACAGUUUCAGGUACCGAUCAAUAUUGACGAAAGGUACUACCUAGAGGAAUAAAAGCAAUCUAGAGAGCAUAUCUACAACAAUUUUUUUGAUUCUUCUUUUUUUUUUUUGUAAGGGCCUAUUAUCAGUUUCCAGGCCGUGGCAAGGGCUAAUUCACACGCUAAAAUUUUUUAUUUCGACUUGUCACCACAAACAAAAAAAUCUGCUGCACUGCACACAGUGCAACAGAUUCUAGGUCGAUUUUUAUCUUGGCGUUUCCUCGUCCAGACCCCGGGAAGUUCGAGUACGGAUAAAUAAACGAUUGCAAGGCUGACAGAUUGCGAACAAAAAUCGACCCGCCCCCCCUCCCAUAUACCGGCCUUCAUGCAGGUUUCCCUCCUGGGACGAACACUUUCUCUACAGGGUAUAUUCAUUCGACGUCGGUGUCAGGUAAAUCCAUGUGUCAGUAUAGGUAAUUACUUUCACAUGCGUAAAAAAUUUCACAGCUGGGCCUGUUCCUUUUCGUAACUCCGGCCAAACCUUGAAUGUUUGCGACCAUCAUUAUUUUUAGUCAUAUAAUGGCUUAAAUACAGGCGUUUAGUAUUUGAUCGUAAAACUCCCUGAAGAAGUCUACGUUAGUUAGACGAAACGGGUAGGAGAAUAAACAAGUUUUUCAGCUACUGCUCACUACUUUAGUUUUAAAAAUUUUAAAAAUUUAAAACAAAAUUAAAAAUUAAGAAUUUAAAAAUUUUAAAAAUCAAAAAUUAAAAUUCAUCCGAACAACUCAAGCGAAGCCCUUUUGAGUACUUCUUAAUUAAGGUAAAUCUUAUCACUUAAAAUUGCAUUAAUUAGUUGACAAAGGUGCGCGGCUUCAAUUUUGUCAACAGAUCGAGAUUUUCUUGUGAUAAUAAUACAGCUAUUUCGAGAAAGGUUGUCCGGAAAAAUGUGGACGCGACAACCCCGAAAGGUAAUAUGGGAUAUGAUCAAUACACUGUUCCCUAACGCUGUAGCUGUCGAGCCUGAUUUUGUCGCUUUCAUUUAGCACUCACAAACAUACGUCCAUGGCCUCUCAUGCCAUUCUUUCAAAUUUCUUUGAAGAAGAGUGAACUCAAAACCACCCACAAUACCUUUCGGGAUUGUCGCGUGCACUUUUUCCGACAACCUUUCUCAAAAUGGCUGUAUACGUUUAUAAGUGUCGUAAGUCUCCUUUGAAUAAAAUCAUGCAUAGUAUAUAUGCGGUUGUUUAAGGUGGCUCGAUACAGUUUUUCAGGGUCAAUACCUCCCACGUUUGAGCGUAAACUACGUCGCCAUAAACAAAGAUUUGGAAAAAUUGACACCACAGUUGUAUUAGAUAAAGAUGGAAAUUUGUUAUGAUCAGGGUUGCAAUGACAUCGGAGUUUUCAUAGCAACGAAAUGACGCCAUUGCCUAUUUUACUUGCAGCAUGAUUUCUCGGCACUGGGCCGGAACUGUUCUUCCAAAAUCGUUUACUGGAACUUUUUCCUACAACAGCUGCCUCGAUGUUCGUGAAGUUUAAGCGAAAUCUGUAAGAGCGUUAUCGAGAUAUUUUGGGAACAAGUUUUUAUGGUUAGAGAUACGGUAAAAAAUGGACAAUCUUGAUGUUCGACUGUUAUCUGUACUAGACGAAGCGCUUUUGGCAUGCAAUUUCACCUCAUAGUAGCUUCAAUCUUUUUAAAAACGUGUGUGAAAGAUCAUUGAGAUACCUUCAGCCGAUUGCUAGAAAGAAGGAUUUGAUUAGUAUGUAUCAAGGCGCUCUUGUUAGCGGUAAUGUAAACAUUUCAAUCUACUUAACAAAUUAGCGAAUAAUUUUUAAACCGCUCCAUCAUUUUUUUUUUUAAAUUUAAGAGUCUUGAGAUAAACCGUCCUUUUAUAUGACCUCUUAGUUUCAAGGUUAUUGAUAUAUUGUAAGGUAGUAAAAUAAGGGCUUGAAUUCGCUAACAUUUUGUCAGAAAUUUUGUGUUUACAAGUGAGAGCCUCUUAUUAUUCGGCGGUAUUGUCUCAAAGUUUCAUUUUCACGUGAACAGCAGUAGCUAACAAUGCAUUUGACAUAUGCAAAAAUACUAGGUAUUGUUGUGCACGAAAAUAUGAAACUUGGAGACAAUAACCCUGAAUAAUGAGAGGCUCUCACUUGUAAACACAAAAUUUCUGACAAAAUAUUAGCGAAUUCAAGCCCUUAUUUUACUGCCUUACAAUGUAUCAAUAAUCUUGAAACUAAGAGAUCAUAUAAAAGGACGGUUAAUCUCAAGAUUCUUAAAUUUUCUAAAACAUUUAUCGAGCGAUUUAAAAAUUAUUCGCUAAUUUUUUAAAGUAGACCGAAAUGUCUACAUUACCGCUAACAAGAGCGCCUUGAUACAUACUAAUCAAAUCCUUCUUUCUAGCAAUCGACUGAAGGUAUCUCAAUGAUCUUUCACACACGUUUUUAAAAAGAUUGAAGCUACUAUGAGGUGAAAUUGCAUGCCAAAAGCGCUUCGUUUAGUACAGAUAACAGUCGAACAUCAAGAUUGUCCAUUUUUUACCGUAUUUCUAACCAUAAAAACUUGUUCCCAAAAUAUCUCGAUAACGCUCUUACAGAUUUCGCUUAAACUUCACGAACAUCGAGGCGGCUGUUGUAGGAAAAAGUUCCAGUAAACGAUUUAGGAAGAACAGUUCCCAGUGCUGAGAAAUCAUGCUGCAAGUAAAAUAGGUAAUGGCGUCAUUUCGUUGCUAUGAAAACUCCGAUGUCAUUGCAACCCUGAUCAUAACAAAUUUCCAUCUUUAUCUAAUACAACUGUGGUGUCAAUUUUUCCAAAUCUUUGUUCAUGGCGACGUAGUUUACGCUCAAACUUGGGAGGUAUUGACCUUGAAAAACUAUAUCGAGCCACCUUAAUUUGCUACUUUUAUCUAAGUAUGCUUUCCAUUGGUUCUUUACUAGUGGUCCGAUGUUUGCCCAAGCUAUAUACUCCAGCCGGAGGCUCCAAGCAAUGUACCGAGGACAACAUAUAUGGCUCAAAGUGUCCCUUCACAUGCCAUCGUGGCUACAAAAUGGUGGGCCCUGCCAAAAGGGUAUGUGAAAAGAGUCAGAUGAGUCCAACUGGUUACUGGACAGGGCAAGAAACAAAAUGCGAAUGUAAGUUAUGCCUUAAGACGGUUAAGUGUAAUGCUAUCGUGAUAUGAUAGCUCUCUCCUCCUCGGAGAUUCCCUCUGGGAUUCCUGCAAUGAAAAUUUAUAAAAAGAGGAAGUGCGCGGGCGACGAUGGGAAGAAAGAAAAGGCCCGCACGCCCUUUUUUCCCCCUCUCCCCGGCCUUGAGCUUCCCUGGCCUGUGGCACAAGGAGGCAUAUGUGGAUCGAGAGGUAUGGGGGCGACAUUAUCAUUAUCGGCAGUGAGAUAUCUGACUUGUACCAGUAUUUGAAAGUUUAAAACAAACGUUCUGUAAUUGUUUCUUGAAUUCCUGUUUUUGUCCAGUGAUCAGAUGCCCUCGUCUGUCAGCCUCUCCUCACAGCGUCCAGACAGGCUGCCGACAUAGUGCAACAGAUAACGUAUUUGGUGACAAGUGCCUUUUUUCCUGUGAAAUUGGUCAUCACCACACAGGCGGAUCAACUCAAAGAGUCUGUCAGGCAAAUGGUACAUGGUCUGGAAAAGCAAUUCUUUGCCAAGGUAAACUAAAAUAUCAAUAUAUAAUAUAGCACAUGUUUUUGGUCCCUACUUUGUAAAACCACUUUCUUACACCUCACAAGUUUAAUUGGUUUUGUAUUUGCAAUUUCUCCUCGAAGCGGUCCGUUGUGAUCCACUGCAAGAUCCAAAAGAUGGGAGUGUGUCACCAGAGUCAUGCCAAAGUUCACCAGAAUACGGCACCACGUGCCGUUUUUCUUGUCGAAAAGGUUUCAGGUUACAAGGAAAACCAGCAAUGUUGUGUCUCAGUGACGGACAGUGGUCGGAGAAUACCACGGUAUCCUGUAAAGGUCAGUACUAUAGAGGAUGAGCGUGCGCAAUAAAUUUUCAGUCUAAGGAGGUAAGAAGAAGUAAGAAGGAAGAAGGUACCAUGCGAGGACCCUACAAGAAACUUGGAGCUAAAUUGGUCUAAUUUGAAUUUUUUUCAACCAGAUCCCUUCAAAGGUCAUUCUUCCAAUCAGCCUUAAGUUUGAAACAUCACUCGUUAGUUUCCUGACACCAUUGCUCUCUCCUCAGAUGUGGAAAGCCCUUCAUUUGGCCUCACUUGUCCCGGUGAUAUAAAACGAUUUGCAGAAAGAGCAAAAAACUACACGACUAUAACUUGGUCUAAGGUUGAAGCAACUGACAACUCAGGUGUGACACCGACUGUGACAGUGACUGGUGUAAGAAGAAUGUACUACGUAGGCAAGCAUCUGAUCGUGUACAAAGCUCGUGAUGAAGCGAGAAAUUUUAAACUCUGCCAAUUCCAUGUUACGAUCGAGGGUAAGAGCAAAGUAAUUAAUUUGGUUUCCAGUGCAGUAUGUACAGUUUAUUUUGAAAGUAAAAUAGAAUUAAUUCAGUUAAAUUAUAACAUAACCAAAGUAAAUCUCACGUUGAGAAUAACUCAUUUACUAUUAGCCCAUAUGUAAAUUAUUGUUUGCCUUCAGUUUACCUCAUGCUUUGCAAAGGUUUUAAUCUUUAUACUACUACAUGAGAAAUUUCUGCAAUUUGAUUGGCUUAGAGCAGUGGUAUUUCAGCUGAAUUUGAAAUACCUACAUGUGAAAAUUACAAACCGUUUGCGGGUAGUAGUAUAAACAAAUAAUAGCCUGAUUUGUACGUGAUAUUUGACAAAUACCACUUGUGAUAUUUCAAAAUUGUCUCAAAUUUCACUCUCCAAACGGCUCGUGAAAUUACGUAUAACAAUUUCGAAAUAUCACACGUGGUAUUUAUGCCAAAUAUCACUACAAAUCAUGCUAUUAGCUAUACUAAUACUCAAGGAGCGUAAAUCACACACCCGACUCUUGGGUUUGAUUUCCACUGCCGAGUAAUUUUCCGUGCGAACGCACGCAAAAUAGCCCUUAUACAUGUUUACGUCACACAAGCAAAUUUCACCACCAAGCCUCGUUUUGAAAUUAAAAAUAAGCGAAGUUUCACAGAAAUGAAUUCCCAAGGCAGUAGAGUUGAAAAGAAUACCCACGCACAAAAAGUGCAAAUGCAAAAAAUUUUGUUCACAAACGAGGCUUGUUGGUGAAAUUUACUCGUCUGACGUAAUCAUGCAUAGGGGCUAUUGACGUGCCUAAAUGAAACAGAGGCAAUGUAUGAAAGGCCACACGUAAAUGUGAAAGUUGAGCGAGGUUCAACUUUUACGUUUACGCGUGACCUUUCGUACAUUGUCUCUAUUUUAUUUAAGCGAGUAAAAUUUACGUGCGUGCACACGUAAAAAUUACUCGACCGUGGAUUUUCACCUUUACGCUUCUUCGUGUCAGCAACCUCUCGCGUGCAACCAUAACUCAAAAAAAAAGGUUGAUCCGCUUGACAAAAAUCAAGGAGUAAGGUGAUUUUAAUGGUCUGCAGCCAAUCCAAUCAAAGAUGCCCAUAAAGUAAGUCCUACGGUACUGAUCAUAUUUACCACUUCCUUCUUUCAAUUAGUUACGCCCUUUUUUCUUUUUCCCCGGGUCUUUUUUUUUAUAGUUUUACAAUGUCCAGCUCUCCUACUUCCAUCAAAAGGAUCUUCUGUGGUUGGCAAAUGUAACACCUCAUAUGGAUCAACAUGUAGGAUAAGGUGUCCUGAAGGAUACGACUUACUUGGCCCGAGGAAUAUCACCUGUGAAGCAAAACCAGGCGACACAAAGGGCUAUUGGGACAAGCCACCUCCAGUCUGCAAAGGUGAUUAAUUUACUUAACAGUACCAAUUUGUUUUCGUUUUUCUAUCAUGUACAGCAGUGAAAGCUGCAAUUGGAAACAUAAUAAAGUGAAAUUGGUCGAUAUGGGAGACGGUCGAGAGAGGCUAGCUGAAGCCGAGUGAGGUUCAUAAUCAUUGUCAUCAGCGAUCAUCAUCAACGUCAUAAUCAUCAUCAUCAUCAUCAUCCUCAUCAUCAUUAUUAUUAUUGUUAUGGGGGUAAUAAACGUCAAAAUGCUUGAUUAAUUGGUCUGCGUAGAUUAUGAUUCCAUCUCAUUUCUGAAUUGACUUUGACUGCAAUGGCAAAAAUGAUUACCACAAUGCUGUUGAUAUUGAUAUUGAUGUUGAUUAUGAAUAUUAUUUACUGUUUCAGUGCGGACGUGUUCACCACUCAAGGCUCCAAAGUUUGGUUCAAUUCACCCUUCCCCAUGCAAAUCACUUCCAACCAGCGGAACUACCUGCUAUUUUGAGUGCAACCAUGAUGGAUUUCUCGCUGAUGGUGGCGUAAAAACUGCAUUUUGUGGAACUGAUGGAAAUUGGAACAUUAAUGAAACUUCAAUUUUAAAGUGCAGAGGCAAGCCAUAUAUUUUUCGUCUUUUCUGUUUCUGUCAGUUUUCAACAAAAAGAACUUGAAUGGCAUUACGUUGGUUAUCUCUAAUAAGUAGUUUUUUUUAAUCUCUUGCCCGUAACCGUCGCUUUUAAACUUAAUUUGUUGUAUUAAACGACUUGCAAAAAAUAUGAUUAUCCUGGAAGCUAUAACUGACGUCUGGUGGAAAUAAUUACGCGCGUACAUAAAAAUGAAAUCCUAUAUUUUUUCUUAGUAUUUAAAUCCUCUUCAAGGCUAAUAACUGUCUGUAGCUAUGAAAGGAAACUUUUAUUACCUGGUGAAGAAAGCGAACGAGCCCAUAGACCCAAUGCAAAAAUGGCCAGUCCAUGCAGUAGCCUGUUCAUAUUCGUUUGUUCAUUCAAACCAGCCUUUCUAGCCUCGUUCUUAAUUACAAAAUUCAAAAGAAUACCUUAUCUCAAGUCACUGAGUCAGGGUAAUUUUAAUUUAAACAAAAGAAUAUUAAUCCAGCAGCCAUUUUUGCAUUGGGUCCAAUGAUAUUUCUUGCAGACGCAACUCCACCAACAUUAAGUUGCCCCUCUGACAUACGUGCAAAUUUAAGGGCAAACGCAUCAGCAUCUGCGCACUGGAAGAUUCCUGCUGCUUUUGAUAACAGCAACGAGCCUGUGCAGAUCACAGUGUCACCACCUGGGAUCAAGCCACCUUUUACCUUUUACAAAACAACUGUCAUUACAUACACUGCGACGGAUGCGAGUGGAAACAGGAAGGAAUGCUCUUUUAAAGUUAUGUUAGAAGGUCAGUAAAUUCGCCCAGCUUGUCCAGUUAUACCCGCGCCCAAAAUCCAAGGUCAGGUCAGGUCAGUUCAGGUCAGUAAAACACAAAGAAAAACUGAAUGUUCUCUAUAACUGUUGCAUGUUCUUGACUUGUUAAGUUAACGUUUCGUCUGCGGGUCUCGGUGGAGGGGGCUCUUUCCUAUAGGCUGGCACUGGCAAUACAACGUUUUAAUUACUGACACUAACUGACAGCUUCAGUGAGCCAUUUUAAGGCUUUCUGCAAUCUUUCUAAACAAAUUCAUAUUACACUGAUUAUUUCUACCUUAAUUUUACCUACCUUAAUUAUAUGAACGCUGUAUUCACAGAUAAUUCAGGUCCAGAGGUUGUAUAUUGUCCACCAGACCAAAAUAUUAUCCCAACACAGAUGUUGACAAAUGUAACAUGGAAAACUCCACAGUUUACGGACAACAGUAACGGAAAUUUAAGGAUUUUGAACAGUCGAGAAAACGGGAGCCUGUUUCCCUGGGGAACGUCUAUAGUGUACUACGAAGCCUUUGACAACAAUCCAAACAACAGACCUGCAGUUUGUCAGUUCAAAAUCAGGCUUAAACGUAAGUAGUGAAUGAGGUAGCGUGACCGGGCGGUUACGGAGUAGUCCAGGAGCAAAUGUCGUAAUUUUAUGUCCCGUGAGAAUUUUAGGCUACAUCUGAAUGUGUUAAGGGGACGCUAAAGAACAUAAAAAAUUUGGUUGGCAAACUGGAAACUCGCGCCGAGCAGAUUUAUCGGGAUUUAGAAAAUAUGACUUAAAUCUCCAACACGAAAACGAGGCUCAGAAACAAAAAUGGCAAUAACAUUUUAAUUACUUUGGUGAUAUUAUUCAGUAUUCGUUUUCUAACAUGGUCACGUGACAAAAUUAGCAUGGAGACGAGGUUAUGAGAAUAAAGUCUUGAUAAAUUUCUUCCGUUUGAAUAAAAGUGCCGGAAUAUAAUAUUAUAAUUAUACCAUUUCGGUCAUUAACGUGGUCACAUGGCAUUGCUAGCAUGGAAAUGAGGCUCUUGAGGUAAACCUGCUACAGCUUAGUAGAUUUUCCUCUCGACGAUACUAAAACAUCAAUAGCCUUGUAAUUUUUUUUUCAAUUAAACUAAUAAAACGCCUGAAAGAAAUGAGACCCACACCUUAAAGUGCCACUAUACCAAAAAUUUUAGCUUAAAAGCUUUCGAAAGACAUAGCUGUUAUAAAUUGUCCGAAGUACCCCUGCCCACCCAGUAUCUUAUUGAUUGCCAGUUUUUAAAACAAAUCAUGUUAAACCUUUAAUUGAUUCAAGAAUUGAAAAAUAAAGCCCUUUGAUUAAUCUUUAUUUUUGGGAAACAAUGAGAUUUUAACCAUAAACGGGUAUUGUCCACUCCAGAAAAUACCGUAACAUACCAUAGUGCUCUUUGUUUGUCACCCCAAAAUUUUGCAUAAGCAUUGUUUUCAGUUUCUCUUGGGGCCUUUUUAACUCCUAAGAGAAACUGAAGACAAUGCUUAUGCAAACUUUUGGGGCGAGAGAACAACGCCAACAAGCUGACCACCACAAUUGCAAGCUUCACCAAUCCCUUUACUCAGCCAGAAGAUUAUCUCUUUAAUCUCGUAACUAAAGUAGUGAUGCCCAAAAAAGUUAAACGUGUCUGUGCGCAAAGUAGUAAGGGGGCUUUUGUCAGGGAAAACAUUCAAAAAGGAAACGAAAACCUGUGGUCGCCGAUGAAAAAGCGCAGUCUUCUAACCUGGAAAUCUACCCAUAAGAAGACAAAUAUCACUGUUAACAAGAAGAUUGUGAAGUUACAGAAAGACCGAUGUUUGUUUGCUCGCAUGAUGGUGGUGUGCCAGUCUCGAUCAGAAUUUAACCUACAAGAAGUCAUAGGCACUUAUGAGGCUUCACUGUACCAAGGUCACGUUUUGCAGCAGAUGGUACCAUGUUGCAUUGCUCAACCAAAAGUGCACUAAUGAGCUAAAUCGGAAAACAAGGACCAAGAGUCCCUUCAAGCGAUGUGCCACUAGAAGCAUCAGUUGUGAGAAAAAAGGUAGUCGCUGUAGAUGGAAUGGCAGAGCUACAGUCACUUGACAAACCCGCCAUCAUAAAAACCUGUGCUCACCUUGAUGAACAUUUUACAGAACAGGUACUCAAGAAAAACAGUGACAGCGAUGAAUCACACCUGGUCUUCGACAGAUAUGACAUUCCUUUCUCUAUUAAGUCUUCUAACAGAGUACGAAGGCAAGGCAAUCAACAUCCACUCUAUUACCGGAUAACGGACUCCACGCACAUUGCCAAGGUAACCAUGAAGCGUCUAGUCUCUCACGAAAGAGCGAAGAUGGAAUUGACGGAGUAUCUAUCAGCCAACUUGACCCGACUGAACGCAGGGCAACGAGUGCCGUUGUGACCUGGGAAAACAACUGUUAAUCAAUACAUCGGGAUCUAACACACCUAAGAAGCAGUCAGGAAGAGGCGGACGCUAAGAUGACCCUCCUCGCUGUUGAUGCUGCUUCUCAUAGAGCAUCAAAAAUCAACAUCUAUUCGCCAGACACUGAUGUCUUUAUACCUUCUCUAAGAAGAUAUCCACAGCUCUGCAGUGAUGUGCAUUUUGUUAUUGGUAUUGGUCAGCGGCACCAAGUUAUCAAUUUGAAACCUAUUGUGCAGUCUCUCGGCAGCACAAAAGUUGCAGCAUUACCUGGCCUUCACGCUUUGAGCGGCGCUGACAUCACUGUGAGCUUUGCUGGUAAAGGAAAGGCCACUUGGCGGAAGGUCUUCAGGGAAGCAGAUGAAGAGACCAUCACUGCUCUAGCAAACCGUGGUAAGAGAGCCCAGCCAACAGCUAUCUUUUCUGGUAUCGAAAAACUUGCUGGUCAAGAGUACGUGCCCAACACUACCGUCUAUAAUGAUAAAGAGCAAAGAUAGUGGCUUUUCCGGAAGAAGCAGGCUCAGUCUGAGACCUUACCACCGACACAAGAAGCACUUUUGCAAGCUAUCAAGAGAGCCAACUAUCAAGCAUUUGUGUGGAAUUUGGACACCGUGCUUGAACCAAAACCGGGCUGCAAGUUGGAAGACGACAAAUGCAUAUGGGUACUGACCCGUUAUGACGUCUCUGCCUCCUGCAUCAGAAGCUAUCAUAUGCAUCCAGUUGGUAAAGUGUGGUUGGGUAAAGAGCCGAUGUUCAUCAAAUAGGUAGAACUGCCGGAAAGCUGGAUUCAAGUGCACCAACCUGUGAAGCUGUGCUGAUUAUGUGUGCGAUAACCAGCUACUUGAUGAUGAUUCUGAAGUCGAAGAUAUGGAAUACAAGAGUGAUAUGGCAGCGAUAGUUAGGCUGAUCGUUUAACUACAUACAAGCUGUUGGCUUUUACAUUAUGCCAAAUGUACAAAAUCGUAUCAGUUAAAGUACUUUUAUGACUAGUAACAGUGCAAGCAUGUGACGAGCCAAGCCAGGUUCGGUCUUUCUGUCUUUUUUGUAAAAGUUGUAAAAACUCUAGUAGGCUUACCUUAGUAUCCUUAACUUAUUUCCAUUCUGGCUUAACCAUGUCUCCAUGUUAAUUACCGUUAAUUAUGUUUUAGUUAUCUUUUUCCACGGGAAAAAUGCUAUCUUGAUUGUAUAGUCAGAGACUCGUUUUCAUGUUAGCUUUGUCACGUGCUCAUGCAGAAAAAAACAGCUGAAUAUCAGUAAAGUAAAUGAGGAACAUAAUUUCAUCAGCAUUGGAGCAAUUUCAUUCAAAUAGUUGACAGUUACAGCCACUUUUAUUUUAGAACCUCGUUUCCACGCUGGCUUUAUCACGUAGCCAUGCUGAGAACCCGAUAGAAUUGUAUAUUGGUCAGGCAAUUGAGGAACGUAAUCUCUACCAUUUUGGAGCAAUUUCAUCCAAACAGUGGAAAGUUAUUACCAUUUCUGUCUCACAACCUCGCUUUUAUGCUGGCGAAUUACAUCAUGUUUUAAAAUCCCAAUAAAACAGCUCGGUGAAGUUUCGACAGUCCCACCAAAAUUUUUUGCGUUCGUUGAGGUGCCCUGAAUAUAUUUAGAUGGGCGGCUUGUUUGCAGCCUGACAUUCCCACAGGAGUACACUUACCUAGACUGUCGGACUUGCAUUGUUUGGUCCAGCGUUUUAUUCCUGCCCUGACCUUUAGCUGGAUCUGUUCUCGGUAGUCCCGAAGUUCACGGCAACAGUAAAACUCCAAACACAAGCACUGCUGGCUGCACUGCCAUUUCGCUUAAGGAUCAACCUAGCUGACCCGAGAGUUCAUAAGAUAGUUUACGUUUGUAAGUCGCUCAACUGAAUGUUUUUCAGUGCUGAGUCCACAUGCUUGCCUUUUGCAGCUUCCGUAAUGGCUGCUUUGACGUGGGCGAGGAGAGAAGAAGAGGUUUUCUCUUUCGCGGACGUCCUCGUCCUUCGUGCCUUUUCUUCUAAUUAUUUUUUUUUUUGUUCUCUCAAAAGUUGUAAAUAACCAGGCAUAGAAUUAUAGCUGGCAUAAAUAUAUAUAAUAUAUAAAUAUAUAUACAGACCAGACAUCAUACAGACCAGAUUUGCAGUUGUAGGUUUUUAGUUUGUAGAGAAAUAUCUCAAGCCUUGAAUUUUUAUGCUUGCCUAGCGAAAGCCUGUGAGGAACUUACUCCUCCAAAGCGUGGAGCCGUGGCAUGUGACAACUGGCUCUUCGGACGUUUUUGCAGUCCAUUUUGUCACAACGAAUCGACCUUUCCCCGUGGGGAAAUAUCAGCAAAAGUAUGGACAUGUGGACCAAACUUAAAAUGGUUUCCAUCCCCGCGUUUUCCAGACUGUACAGGUAAGAAGGUUGUUUAAAAGAAGCACGUAGUUAUCAGUAGCUGGAUACAUGUUUGAGAGUUAGAUGUUGGUUGACUAUCAAAACAGCCACUAAAUGAUAUGCAUGUUUACGUUUAAUUUUCCGUUUGCUUUUAUUGAAUUAUUGCUUAUUAAUAAUGAUUUUGAGAUACAUAAACAAGUUAAAACUAACGAUAUAAUGUCCCGUUUCGGUCUCGAACUCCUUUUGAACUCCCGCUCGCUUUAAUUUACUUAUUGUUUGUUAACAGCAUAAGGAGGUCGUCGAAACAUCGAGAAAUUAUAUUAAAAGUUUUUAAAUUACUUGUUCAUCAAUUGUCAAAAUGUGCUGAAAGCAUACCAAAAGGGGCGAAAUAAAAGAGCAGUAAUAAAUAGGUCUAAAUAGAAACGUUCAGAGUUCAGGAGCUUCAAGUGGAAGAAAAGGAGGGGAGACUUAAAUAAAAAAGAUACUAUUAAUUAAGAUGCCUACUCCAUAAUGCAGGUUCAAAUGAUAAGCAAAUGAUUUGUAUUAUUGACGGGUCUACUUUCUUAUCAUUCCGGCUGAAAGUUGUUUUGUCAAAAGAUUUCACGCUAUCCUCUUUGUAGCUAUUCAUGGGAACACCAUCUUGGCUUUGCAACUUUCGAAGUUAUAAAUUCUGCAAAAAAAAUCUAGUAAUCUGAUAAAGAUGAAAAAGUAGACUAGAAAAGGAUAUCGCAGCAAACAAAAAAAUAUUGUUUAUUUUGUAGAACCAAUCCUUCCCAGUCAGGUAAAGGCAGAGUUCCGUCUUUUUUACUACGAAGGAGAUUGCAGAAGACCUUCAACUCAGGAAGAGAUAAAAAGGAACUUCACUAAGAUCUUAAACGAGUCCAAAUUUAACGAUGUUUGCCAAGGUUCAGAGAAAUGCAGAGCUGAAAACGUCAACGUCACGUGUGCUAUGAUUUACUUUACGUACGGAAGGCUAAAACGUGCAUCUGGUAAGAUGCUAAUUUAAAAUGUAUUGAAUAGAAUUAAUUACAAAACGUUGCUGAAUAAUGAUUCCUUUUCGAGUUCUAAAGGUUUUAGUAGGCUCACGGGGAAUGAAUACGGCACUAGCUUUUAAACAUUCAACAUCUAUUCAUUCAUUCAUUUUGCCAUUAACCAUUUUCGUUUAAAGGGUUUUAAUUUAAAAAAACGGUUUAGACGGCCUCACUUUCCGCCGUUGCAUUAGUGACCACAAUGAUUUAAGACGAUGGGGAGUUGGGGUGGGGCUUAACACCAUUAGACCACACACGACAAAGUGCUAUAAAAAACUACAAGAAUUUAAUUUUAUUACAAUAAGUUCAAUUGGCUGAUAGCUGAAAAGGUUCUUUACCUAUCAGUUUAAGAAUCUAACUUUCUUGUUCUACAUUUCAUUGAAAGUGUUUGGCAGGACUCGACGAUCGCCUCGCCUUAUUCCACAAACAACAAUCAGCUUUGAUAUUGUUGGUAAGUUUUCUAUUCUAAAGAUUUCUAAAGAUCUUGAAAGACGAAAGGCUUUAUUUCAUUGGUCCGUCUAUUUGUGCUCUUUGACAGUAAAUAAUUAUAUUUUGAUAAACUCUCUUAUACCUUCAGAGAAGUCCCCCUCUUCUUCAUCGACAUCAUAACAUAAGAGAAUAUUUGAGUUUGUUCUUCUCUGCGUAUGUAUAUAUCUGUCUGAAUUUAUGAAAAGGUACCUACAGAAAUUUCAAGUGCGUUUUCAGGCGUUUUAACAGUUUGACCCUUGAGGUGAAUGAAAAACAUGCAGUUAAAAGUCGCUAGUUAGGGCUUAAAAAGGACAAAUUAAUCACUGGAAACACAGUGUUAUGUUAUACAGAUGCUUGUGUGACAAGGGGGCACCUUAUAUCAGAGAAUUUUUUAUUUUUAAGGAUGUACAGUAUAACUUACGUGGGCUUAGCACAAGGCUAGAUCUACCUCCCUUUAAUCUUUGCAGUUCGCCUUGAUAAUAGCACUGGAGUAAAUGACACCAUGAAAAGCAAAGUAAUGGCAGGAUUAGCCGGAGUGGGGCUCGCCAAGACACUCGGCAACAAGAUCAAAAAGGCAGUUGAAAAUGGCAGCCUUAGCGUCAACGUCCGCGGCAUGGUAUUUGUUCCCGAUAAGCAGUCAGUAAACAUUUCAGAGCCUGAGAGGUUAUGUGAUACAGGACAAAUGUACCAAGAUGGAGUCUGCGGUGAGAUAACAAUCGUUCAAUUUGAACGAUGGCAAUUCCUAUGUCUUAAAACAUAUUAAUCAAGCCCAACGAAAUGGCAUUGGUUUACCAGAGUUAAAUACUAACAUACAAGAGUUCGCCUCAGUUUCGAAACGCGACCUUUACAGUAAACUUCGACUGUAGAUAGUCAAGACACUAAAUUCCGCGUCGUUGUUUGAGAAAAAAGUCCUUAGUGAGCAGCUUCGAAAACCUUUUAUUGUUUUUUCCUUAGUAAGCUGUACAUCCGGGACAUAUCUGAAUAAGGUCCAUGGUAUAUGUGAGGACUGCCCCAUUGGUACUUAUCAAGAACAAGAGGCACAAGAGAUGUGCCUGUCAUGUCCACUUCACACUUCAACUGAAGAGUCCAGAACAGAUAACCGCUCAAGUUGUUUAGGUAUGUAGUUAGAGGUAUACAUUAAUGGCCUCUUUUAGGUCAAGUCAGAAUUCUCCGUAAUCAUCCCUAUCAUUUUCACUCUUUUUAGUUUGUGUAACAAUGACUAUGUAAUUAAACAAUAAUUAGAUUCGGUUUUCGUGAUAUCUGAAAUAGUCAAGGUCUCGCAAGUCUUUUAUCAGCCUUGGCCUAUCUCGAAGUAAACCAAUUAUUCUCAAAAUUAUUACGGAUACGACAAAAUGCAUCCAAUAAUUAAUAAUAGCAAAUAUCAACUACGUUUAAAUUCAGUACAGUUAAGGUUGGGAAUGAGGGAAAAUUGAUGUACAUACCUUAUGUUAGUACAGUCUUUGUUACACAUUUUGGAUGUUGCCUUGUUUUGAAAGCUUUUUGCAAAGCUGGAUCAUAUUCGCCGACGGGACUGGAGCCUUGCAUCUCGUGCGAAAAGGGCUUUUAUCAAGAGAAAGAGGGACAAAAAGGGUGUUUAAAAUGCAUUACAACCACAACGACUCCUGGCACGGGAUCCACCACAUCAAAAGAGUGUAGAGGUAGGUAAUACGGUAAAUACGUAUGAUCCAGAAAACACAGCAAAAAUUGACAGGAUAUUUCCUCGUCGCUAUCAUUAACACGGAUGGCAUAUUUUUUUAACUUAAGAACUUGAACUUUGUCAACCACUAAAAUCAAGGGCAUAAUGGUUUAAGAGAGUUAGAGGAGGUGAAAAUAUUGUCCAGACGGUCAACCUACAUGUACUUCAGACAAGAAUAUUCGCCUAACAUGGUAAUAAGCAGAAAUAUCACCUUCAAAUAACGUUCAGCCUUUGUUUUUUGUUGUUUUGUUAGUCCCCUGUCCUCCUGGUUCGUUCUCUCCAACUGGCCUAGUUCCAUGUACGCUGUGCAAUCGACGCUCGUUUCAGCCUCACAUUGAAAGUCGCGCCUGCGUCCCGUGCCCAGGGACAACAGUGGCACUUCAAGAAGGGUCCAAAAGUUUAAAGGAUUGUCAAGGUGAACCUUUUAUUUCGACAUACUGAAGUUGCAGGUUUACAAAUUUCUUUGCUCCCGCUAACCACAGUUUAAAUUCCGUCGACGCAUUUCGGUUUCUUUCAGCAAUCUUUUCCUUUUUUUCUCUUUUUCUCAGAAAUUAAUAACUGCGAGCCAAAUCCCUGUAAGAACAAUUUUGUAUGCACGGACCUCAUUGAUGACUUCAUGUGCACCUGUCAGCUUGGAUACACUGGAAAACAAUGCGAGACCAAUGUUGAUGAUUGCCAGGACCAACCUUGUCUGAACAAUGGCACAUGCCAUGACUUGGUGAAUAAUUACACCUGCACAUGCCCACAAGGAUUCCAAGGAAUUAACUGUGAAGAUGAUGUUGAUGAGUGUAUCUCAUCACCUUGUUCAAACCAUGCUUCAUGUAACAAUAUUCCUGGUGGAUUUAGCUGCCUGUGCGAACCAGGUUAUACUGGAAGGUUGUGCGAUACGGACAUAGACCACUGCUUGCUAGCCUCUUGCCAGAACGGAGGGACCUGCGAAGCUGGGGCAAACAACUAUACAUGCCACUGUGUAACUGGUCAGUUAAUUGCUCUUGCGAAUACUUUUAUAGAUUGAUUUAGAAAGGAAUUGUCAGUGUCGAUAGUGUUGUACAGAAUUUAAUUACGUUAGAGCGCACUGCAAAGGUCUCUAACGUAACUAUGAAUCUCUAUGUCUAUACAUAAUACCAACAGUAAAAGUAAUGCAAGAUAUAUAUAGUAACAAGUAACACGUGAUGAUCUUACGCGUGUUCUGUACAGGGUACCAGGGUAAUGACUGUGAGGAGAAUAUUGAUGAGUGUGCAUCAGACCCUUGCCAGAAUGAAGCCACGUGUGUGGAUGGAAUCGCCAGCUACCACUGCAUCUGUAACUCCGGUUUUCACGGUAAAAAUUGCGAGGAAAACAUUGAUGAUUGUAUCAAUGUAGAAUGCAAGAAUAACGCGACCUGUGUUGAUCAGGUCAAUGGAUUUCAAUGUAUUUGUCCGGAAGGAUUCACUGGUAAAAAGUGCGAAUUGAAUAUUGAUGAAUGUGACUCAAAUCCUUGUUCGAAUGAAGCCAGGUUAGUAGUUGUACUCUGACAAUAUCUUUGUUGUUCUCUAUUUCAACCCAUUCCUUUUUCUUUUUCACUCUUUUUUUUCUUCCUAUCUUCCUUUCUUUCUGUUAACGAUGGAAACAACUUCAACAAUAUGUCCAUAACCGAAUUUUUUGUCAGCAAGAAAGCUUAAGCUUGAGGAUUUUAAUUCGAAAACUGGCCUCAUAAGUUUAAGACAUGGCAUACACUCUCACAGAAAGUUUAACUAAAAUUAAGAGUAAUAAUAACAUAAAACAUCAUAUUAUGGAUAAAGCAUGCCUCUUUAAUCGCUAAUGCAGUUUUGUCCAAAGGAAAGAUUUUACCCGUCUUAUCUACCAAUGAACUAUACAAGAUUAUAAUUAUAUUUGGGACCUUUGAAGACAUUCAAAAUGGCGGCUAUCUGCCAUAAAAUAGUUUAGAGAAAAUCGGGGAGAGGGGGGACCCCAUUGUAUGCUCCAGCGUCAAUUCAAACAGAUACACAUUAAACUCUAAAACUACAGCUAAUUAGGACCAAAAUGCAGUCCUUGACAAAUUAUUUAUUUUUCUUCUGAAAUUUAUCUCAAGGUGUAUCGAUAAGAUUAACGGCUACCACUGCGAGUGCAACGAUGGAUUUGAUGGUAUCCACUGCGAAAAUAACAUAGAUGAUUGCGCGUCUAAUCCUUGUUCGAACAACGGUACUUGCCAUGAUGGUAUCAACGAAUUCGCAUGCGCGUGCCAACCAGGUUUCACAGGAAAUACGUGCAGUUGGGAUAUCGACCAUUGCGCCUCGAUGCCAUGCUUAAACAAUGCAUCUUGCCUUGAAGGCCCAGCCUCUUACUCUUGUCAGUGUGCAGAUGGGUUUAGUGGAGACCAAUGUCAGUACAACAUUGAUGACUGCCAAAAUGCCACUUGCUUGAAUGGAGGGACGUGUAUUGACGGUGCUGAUGAAUACGCAUGCGUCUGUCCAGGGGGGUUUACUGGCCUUAAGUGUGAAAUAAAUAUUGAUGAAUGUGCACAAAUCCCGUGCUUAAACGGAGGGACUUGUACUGAUCUGAUAAAUGACUUUCAGUGUAUUUGUAAGCAAGGCUAUACAGGGCGCACUUGCAGAGUUGAUAUUAAUGAAUGCUCAAGCUCUCCCUGUCACAACCAUGGAACAUGUAUAGAUAAAAUCGAUAGCUAUUCUUGCACCUGCACUGAUGGGUUCAGCGGACCAGAUUGCAGUGUAAAUAAUAACGAUUGUUUGGUGCAUGCAUGCGCAAAUGGAGCCACAUGUAGAGACGGAAUAAAUACCUACACCUGCGAUUGUCGUCCUGGUUAUUUAGGAACAUACUGUGAAACUGAAGUAGACGAGUGUGAAUCUUCUCCAUGUUUAUAUGGUGGGACCUGUUACGAUCAGGUAAUUUUUGUUUUAUUCUUAAACCUUAGUGAACAGGAGCGACAAGAACGUGUUAAUUUCGAAACUAAAAUGUUAUUAUGUUGUUAUGACCAUUAUCAUCAUCAUUAUUUUGGAUAGAUUUGUUUGGUUUUAUUUUGGCAGUGGCUGCUGUCCUGGGAUUACAAAUAGCACUCGUUAGUUCCUUACCUAAGCUGUAAAGCGACUAAAAAUCUCAGUCCUCGGACCUUAUUACGUUAAAUUUUCUGUUAUUUCAUCUGCGUAGGUUAAUGCGUUUCACUGUGAUUGUAAGUCCGGGUUUACUGGCCAGCGAUGCGAGAGAAAUAUUGACGAUUGCGAAUCACAUCCCUGUCUAAACAACGGAACAUGUACCGAUCUUGUGGCAGAUUACAGCUGCUCGUGUUCAAAUGGAUUUACCGGCCGUGGCUGUGAGAACCGUAUUGAUUAUUGCAGCGACGCGAAAUGUUCACAAAACGGUGUCUGUGUCAACUUACAGACAGGCUAUAGCUGCCGCUGUAACGAUGGUUAUUUCGGAAAAUACUGUGAGUUUGAAAUAGACGAGUGCUUAGCCAAACCCUGCUUCAAUAAUGCAACUUGCCGUGAUGAAGUUAACAACUUUACCUGUUCCUGCACCGCUGGAUUUACGGGGAGGAAAUGUGAGUUGAACAUAGACGACUGUCUAGACAACGCCUGCCUGAACAACGCUACCUGCAUUGACCACAACCUUGGUUACUCCUGUUUGUGCGCCGAGGGCUACAAUGGAACUUAUUGCCAAAAUGAUAUAAACGAGUGUGAAUCCAAUCCGUGUCGUAAUGGUGGUACUUGUGUAGAUGAGAUAUAUGGGUACAAGUGCAGGUGUUUGACACAGUUUACCGGAGAAAACUGCGAAGACAAAAAGGAUCCUUGCUUAUCAUUUGUAACAUCCCCCUGCGAAAAUGGAGGAACUUGUCAAGGUGACAUCUCCACGGGAAACACCACCUGUUUAUGUAAAUCAGGUUAUACCGGAGAAACAUGUGAAACAAACAUUGACGAGUGUGCCUCAGAACCCUGUAUACCUAAUUCCUACUGUAUUGAUUUGGUAAACGGUUACGAGUGCAAGUGUUAUCCAUCUUACACUGGCGAUCACUGUGAUAUCUGUAAGUGGUUUUAUGCUAAUGUACUAAAAACACAGUCGAUAAGUGGGAUCAUUCUAAGAAAUGGUAAUAUUACUGUGAUAAUGUAAGUAGUAUUAUUCUAAUAAACUAGUAACAGAUCAUUUUGAAAAGUGGUAAAAGUGUCAAUCUGAUUGCCUUCCCGAGGUUUCCGAUCGAUAACGCAACCUCUCAAGUCGAUACGUUGUCCUUCAAAGAAUAACAUCACAAAAUAUAUUGAGGUAGAGAGUUAACUUUUCACUCAUGUUAGUUAAAGGGCUCAAAUAAUCUUGCUCAGAUAUUUAAAAUUUCUCUGUAUUUUUUUUUCUGAAUUUGGGACUUAUAUUUCUGAAAUAGCGCUUAGCCUUCCUGGAGAAAGUAUUUUAAGGAAGAAUAACAAACAAGCAAGAAAAAGCCGGGUCAAAAGAGAAAAAAAUUGAUAACCGACAACAACGGUACCUUGAAAGAUUAUAGUUAAUUUAAAACAUCAGCAGCAGUAUAACUCAAGUGUUAACACAAUUUUUUUGCUUUUCAGUUCUCGGCAGCAACUUUGAUCUUAUAUUUAAGCACCUUACGACAAAAGACAUGGUUGUUCUAUCGAAUGUGGACGACAUUCCGGAAAUGGAUUCCUUUACCAUUGCCUUUUUCGUCCGAGCGGAUUCUGGGUAUAAUUCAGGAACACUGUUCACCUAUAGCGUGCCUGGUGAACCAAACGACGUAAUAAUACUCUCUUUUACGGAAUCGAAAGUUCAGUUUACUAUUAAAGACGAGGUCGUGAGCGUUAACUUUCCUUUAGCAGAUGAUCUCUGGCAUUUCGUGGGAGUCGUUUGGAAUGGAAUUACUGGAUAUGUGUCCGUGUACAUCGAUGGACCUGAAGUCAAAAAGGCGACAAAUGUGCUUAAAGGUGAUAUUCUAGCUGGAGAUGGAUGGAUCGUACUUGGACAACGUUAUCUUGCGGGAGGGAAAAAUCCUGGUUUGUCGACAGCUUUCGUGGGAACAUUGCAUCAAGUGAAUCUUUGGAAUGUAGCCGCGAAUCCAGACCACAUGUGGAAUGCAGCACAUAACUGCACUUGGCCCAUUGCUGGAAGUGUCCGAGCGUGGACAAACUUUCUACAAGGAAUCAAAGGGAAGGUGGAAAAGCGUUUUAUGACCCAAUGCCAAGGUACUAUCACUUUGUCUACGAACAGUUAAAUGAUACCUUGCUAUAUUAGGUAAAGACCCGCUUGGAAAAUUCUAGUGAGUCGAAGUUAUAACCGUCAACUUAACCUGACUGGGGAGAUAGAAUGUCCUCACAGCCACAUCAGUUCAAUUUGAUACGCAAAAAGUUUUCAGCUGAAGCAGUUUUUCCAGCAGUUAAGGAAGCUACUGACAAAGGAUGACAAAUAGGCAAUCCUUGUAAUUAUACCUUGAAGUUGUCCAAAAUAAGGUAACCCUGAAUGUGUUUAAGAUUUACUUUUAAUGUUGCAUCAUCAAGGUUCAUUCGCAACAAUUCAUUCACCAUAUGUCUGUCCACAGCAUCAAGUUUCAGAAAACCUAAAUAAAAGAGAUUUAAGUCUGCUUUCCAUUCAUUGCCUAGAAAUAUAUUUUUUCCUUGAGGAAAUGUUUUAAAAGUCCAUCACCACUCAUUACAUGCAAACUACUUCCACUUUACAGCUUUGCCUAUGUGCACGACUAACUGCUCCCAUUUCCUCGACUGUGAGUCUCGUCAUGGCUACUACUACUGCAACUGUCAACCCGGUUUCUCAGGACCUCACUGUAACAUGAACAUAGACGAGUGCAGCUCAAGUCCAUGCGUUAAUGGAAAGUGUGUGGAUGGUGUUAACCGGUACGACUGUAUUUGUAACAAAGGUUAUUGGGGAACCAACUGUGACAAAGAGGUCAAGAGAGAAUCCAAAGGAGGUAACAAGUGUUGAAUUUUUUUAAAAGUAAAGUAUUCAAAAUCAGAAUCUCUACUGUAUUGGUCACUUGCAGUUACUAAAUUUGUCUCUAGUUUCAAAGAAUCCGGCAAGGAAGUAGUUACAUUGUUACUCAAGCGUCUCUACGCUAUAUUGAAAAGUCCUUUGAGAGAAAAAAUAAAGCUUUGAGAUCUUCAACUGUAUAUUAAGCGUUCCCGGUCACAAGAUAUAAAAUUGCACGUUCAAAUCAUAUAUUGGAGAAUAUCUCAACUUUUCUAGCGUUUUUAAUCUGCCAAUACCAAGGUCAUUCAAUGUAUAACCAUAUCAUAAUAUUUGAUGGUAAAACUAGUGCAUUAAGCAUUUAUUGUUUUUACGUCCAUGUUGAGGGCGGACUGGUUGCAUGUUUUCAAAAUAACUGUCAAUCCGCAUACGGUAUUAGUAAGAGAAAUUAUUGUAAGUUGGAUGGAAAUUGCUGUCAGUGCUUUCGAACUCUGUAAUUCGAGUCCUAUUUCCUGCCUUUUAAACUUGUAGUUUUCUUACAGAAGAAAUAUUAUGUCCUCUCUUGAACGGAUAUCAGGUUAUUAAACAGGUGGGCACUAUCUGAACAGUAGAAAGUCACUCACGUGGAAAGAUUGCAUCUAGACAUAGAUCUUUCCCUGACAAAGACCAAUCUGCGUGAUAAAUAGAGAAAGAUGGUAUAUUUUAAGCUUGGUGAAGAAAUGAGAAAUGAUGUGAUCAACAUGUCACGAGGAUGGGACAAAGAAAAAAUUAUGAGUCGCCGACAGGAACUGAACCUAGCUGGCCCAGCUCGCAACGAGUCCUUCGUAGCUCAGUGGAUGGAGCAUCCGACUGGUGUACGGAAGGUCAGAGGUUCAAUUUCUGUCGGGGACUCAGAUUUUUUGUUUGUACCGUCCUCGUGACAUGCUGAUCACAUCAUUUCCCAAAGACCAAUCUGCAAAACUAUUGUUUUUAACCACAGAAUGCCUAGACCUGCCUGUACCUCUUAAUGGAAGGAUGUCUUGCCAAAUGUUUUCUGGCAAAAAAAUUUGCACUUUGACGUGCAACGAUGGCUACUCUUACAAUACAGACACAACUCCCACAUAUGAUUGCGGUCCUGAUACUGAGUGGAGGUGGAAUGGCCUGGAAGGUUUUAAUGUCCCCGCUUGCUCAAGUAUGUCUUUCUUU